AUGUUGGAUGCACGCAGACGGGCUGCAAACCGAAGGGCUGCUGAGCGAUGUCGACGUUUAAAAUCGGAGACUCGAGAUAUUCUUCUUAGCCAGCUAACUUCUUUGCAGUUGGAGAGGCUCAAUCUUGAAUGGCGACUUACUCGCGCUAAAAGCAUGCGUCAAGCAGCCAGGUAUUUCCUUUAUCCCUUGAAUUAUUUGAAUAAAGUUUUUAUAACAAAUUAUUUAUGCUACAAAGAGUAA